AGCAGUUAGCUCGAAGCGCAGUGAGUUAGCAGCCUAAAAAUGGAUAGAUGCUGAUUUCUGCACAGAUUGACUAUCCUGAGAACAGCAAUCCAGUCCGGGUGUUCCCGCCGCCUCACGCCGACGUCCAUUAAACAUCCUGAAGUUGACUGGAGAGUGUAGGUCGAGCCUGGCAGAGCUGCCGUGAAUGGAUUAACAUGAGAAGGAUCUGCCUUUUAUCAGGUGCUUUAGUCUCUGUGGCAGCAUGUCAGUGUUACAGCUCAAAGAUACUCUGUGAAGACGUUAUUCACGCGUGCCUAGGGAAGAUCCGUCGAGGAGAAAUGCUGAAGGAUCGGUCGUGUCGUACAGGCGGGGAAUAUUAUUAGCCCUCAGACAGUGUCUCUCCGGUAGCCAUACAUCCAUAUGUCAUCAGUGGGAAAAAAUGUCAAUGUGAUCUUACUCGAAACAGGGAACAUUACAUGAAAGAUCUGAAAAGUACUGUUGCCCAGAGUCAUUUUUAUACUGUUUCCCAUGCCGGCUAUCCUGAACUCCUCCUCCCUCACCCUCACUUGCUUCAGCUAUGCCUCAUACUCCCAAAGCACCCAAGAAGUCAUCUUGUGCAUCCAAAAAGCAAAAUGUUAGGAGGGUGAAAGCUUCCACGACUAGGAGGCAAAAGGUAAACUUUCUCAAAGCCAAUGGCGAGAUCAAGAAGGCCAUAGACAAGAAACAGGCAGCCAAGGCGGCCCAGCGGACUGCUGUCAGCAAGCCCAGCAAGAGGACAGUCAAGAAUGUCCUCAUUGUUAAAGGAUCCAGGCACACGCGUGGUUCUAUGAACCAAAAUGGCUUGUUGUCAAAACGUAAUGGGAAAGGGAAGUCACCUCGCAAUAGUGUCUCAUGUCUUAGGGAAGGUAAGUCCUACAGGAGAGUGGUUACAAAGAAAAAGGGAGGUCUGAAGAUCAGGGAACAGAAUACUGAUACUAAAAGGUCAGAAGUUCAUGAUCCUAAUGGUGAUGGACAACAAAAGGGUGCUGUAAUUCCCACUGGAGAGGGACAGAGCGUUAACAUAAGUUCAGAGCAAACUGCGGAGGAUCACAGAGAGACUGUUGUUCACAACACUGACAAGGCAGAGGAAGAGACGGUGAAAGCAGGCACAGAAACUGUACAAAACGAAAGCUGCUCUGCUCCUAGCGAGCAGCCAAACUCAGCGUAUGUUGAGCAGCGUGACCUUCUUGACCCUGUCAAUAAUGUGGACUUUGCCUACAACAAUAAUUCCUCAGGUCCAACAACUCCCUCCCCUUCACAAUCAGAUAAGUAUGUUUCAGGUCAAAUUGAGGAGGUUCAACUCAUCGUUCCACACAUAAACUUUCCCGACAAUUCUUUUCAAACCACUCCAGAAAACUCCAUGGAAGCAGGUGAGACUGUAGCCUCCCAAGUGUGUCGGUCCCCCAAUGAAUCACCAGCACUUGAAAACAUUGCAACUGCUCCCCAGAAGGAAAAAAAUGAGUUUGAAAGCACUGCAGACGUGGACACCAAAGAUGAAAUUGACGAUGCUGAAAUGUCGAUGAAGAAAGAAGGAGCGCUUUCUCUCCUCUCGUUGAGCAUGACCAUUUACAACAGCACUCUUUGUGAAAUGGGCCGUGGGCCUCAGGCGACGGCGUCGCUCUCCAGUAGCACAGAAAGCACCCAGUCCUCGUUUGACAGCGACUCAGAGUCAGUUCUGGAGCGCAGGGAGUCAGGAAACCCUCCUCUCCAAAUUGAGGACAUUCAACUGCGUUUACUUCAAGUUCAAGAGAGGAGAGACAAGAAAAAGAGAAUUCAGUGCGAUGUUUGCAUGCCCUGCCUGUGCAAGAUCGACUGCGGGGAAUGCAGGAGUUGCCAGAACCGAAAAAUGGGCCAUCAGAUCUGUAAGCUCAGGAAAUGUGUUGAGCUGAGGAAAAAGCCCCACAUGAUCUGUACGAGAGAGGUUGAGUCAGAGGCAAACUCAGUAAAUGGCACAAGCUCAGAGCAGAUGGAGGAGACCUGUGUGACACCAGAGGAAGAGGCGCAUUACAUAUCCUUAACACACAAUGUUCCACCUGAUGUUCCCACGCCUCUCCAGCAUGGCUUGUUACCAGCCCCUCCUGGAAAGGAGCCCGGGACCACUGAUGUACUUCUCCCUCACAACAGUUCUCUAACUUCUCAUAAUGGUGCUGAACACAUGAAACCAAACACUGAGAGACAUGUGGAUCCCACGGAGCCACAUGCCUCGUUCCAUAGAUCCACGUUUAAGAAGAGUCAUGAAUCCGAGUCCGUUCAAGAACAGACUUUUCCUCUGAAGAAGAUCAAACUGGAGGAGCAAUGGGUUGAGAUUGAUGACCCGCACUCAAAGCACUUAGAGACUAACGGGUGCUACGAAGAUGCUUUAUCUACCCUAGCAGCUGUGGUCUGCUUCUCCAGUACGGACAGAAAAAGUCUCGAGAAGAGGCUUUACGGGCCUCAUUCCUGUUUAAAAACUGAGCCGAAAGAAGAACCAUAUCAGUGUCAGUUAAGUCAAGGAGAAGAACCUCCUCAGAAUGAUAACGUUGCACUAUCUUUACCCAGUGUCCAGUCUCUGGUCCAGUAUAGGAAUAUUAGCGUUGAUCAGGCUAUAGCUAUUGAGGCCUUGACCCAACUGGCAGCUACCCCACAAACAGUGUCCUUUGAAACAGAAAACCAGAGUCAGGACGCUCAGCGAGAAACGUCUACAUACUCUGCUUCAAGCAACCACAUACCUCUUCGAGAGGCUAAACCAGUUUCAGAUGUUUUCUCUAACAAGGUCUCUGUAAUCAGUUCAUCAUUGCAACAGCCUUCUGUCAUCUGCAACCCUCUGAACAGGCCAGCCAACUUCACCCAAAAUCAAAAUCAGCAUUGUGCGUCUACCUCCAGAAAACUUUCCCUGAAGGAUCUUCUGGUGGCCAGCUCAGAAUGUGAAAAGCUAUCGUAUACCGCGGAGAACCGCAGAAACGGCCAAGCACUUUGUAAAGCCGAAGGCACUUUCAAGAAGUACAAGCAUGGAGAAGCCACUCAGAUCUCGAGAAAGAGGGAUGAGGAGGAAGUUGCGGCUCAAUUGGUGCAGCUUGCCUUCAUGAUCGAAUCCCGGCAGAUGCAACUCUCGGAAAACAGUCCGCCAAAAGGUAUGCCAACUCAGACCAUGAAAUACAAUCAUAAUUAUUUAGGGCAGCACUUAAAAAAGCAAAGGAAACCUAAAAUGACGCCAUCAAAACCCAGGAUGUCUAAGAAGAAAGCUGCUGAGAUCGAGGGCAACCAUUGCAGGAUUCCGUUGGCCAAGAGGACGCCCAACAGGAAAACCCCACUCAAGGCCACCAUUCAGAAAGCCAUUUUGCAACAAAAGAUGAGGUUCCAGCACAAGAGGAGUCCGUUUCUUCCCCAAGCGCAGAUAGACCUGAAAAAGUAUAUAGCGGAGGCUCAUCACGAGAACAGGCAGCUCUUAUGCUACAGCAACUCUCUGAAGAAAGAGCACUUUGAAACCAUCUUAGGUUCUGGUAAGCAGAACGGCUUUCACUUUAAAUACGAGCAUGGAGCUCAAAGUCAUUGUUUACCACCACCAAACGGACUCUUUCACAAUCAUAUGAAUGACCAUCUAGGUGCUAGCCAGUGGCCGAGGCAUGAAUGUGAACAACAAAUGAUUUCUCAGGUAUCGAAAACCUACGAUGUGCUAAAUCAUGGUGCUAAACAACAACCUCAGCAGGCCAUGGCCAGUGAACCCUGUAAAGACUCGCCGCAAAGCCCAGGGAUGUACCAUAAAGCCAAUGGCUUUAAUGAAUAUCAACACUUGCACAUGAAUCAAAAUGGAUUUUACAAAGUGGAGAAGUCUGGAGGUGUUACUGUGUUGUCCACAUCCAGUGUACAUUUGGAAAACGGGGACGUGGUGAACACUGGAGAACAGACUCCUACCAAGCACACGAUCAACAGCUUUUUGGAGUCUCCGAUGAGGUUCUUGGACACACCGACCAAGAAUCUCCUCAACACCCCCUCUAAACAAACCACAGAGCUGCCCUCCUGUGACUGUGUGGAACACGUAAUUGAGAAAGAGGAGGGUCCGUACUACACUCACCUUGGAUCUGGCCCGAAUGUAGCAGCCGUGAGAGAGAUGAUGGAGAACAGAUAUGGCGAGAAAGGCAACGCAGUCCGUGUGGAGGUUGUUGUGUAUACAGGCAAAGAAGGGCGGAGCUCACAAGGUUGCCCAAUCGCCAAGUGGAUCAUACGUCGAAGAAGUGAGGAAGAGAAGUUGCUGUGUCUUGUGCGGCAGCGUGCUGGUCACUGUUGUCAGAACGCAGUGGUAGUCAUUCUCAUCCUGGCCUGGGAGGGGAUCCCACGCAGUGUGGCUGACAGGCUGUACCAGGAGCUCACACAGACUCUCUGCAAAUAUGGCUCGCCCACUAGCCGCCGCUGUGCCCUCAAUGAGGAUCGCACUUGUGCAUGUCAGGGUCUGGAUCCAGAGACCUGCGGUGCCUCUUUCUCGUUUGGUUGCUCCUGGAGUAUGUACUUCAAUGGCUGCAAGUUUGCACGCAGCAAAACGCCCCGGAAGUUCAGACUGCAGGGAGACUAUCCUGAGGAGGAGGAGAAGUUGGAGAAAUACUUGCAGAAUCUGGCAUCAGAUUUGGCCCCCGUGUACAAUAAACUUGCUCCUGUGGCCUUUCAGAACCAGGUGGAGCAGGAGCAGCAGGGGCAGGACUGUCGGCUGGGCAGGACUGAAGGUCGACCGUUCUCUGGUGUGACUGCAUGUGUGGACUUCUGCGCUCAUGCCCACAGAGACACACAUAACAUGACCAAUGGAAGCACUGUGGUAUGUACUUUAACCAAGGAGGAUAACCGUGCAGUGCGGAACAUUCCAGAGGACGAGCAGCUGCACGUCCUGCCGCUCUACAAGAUCUCUGAGACGGAUGAGUUUGGACAUGUUGAGGGCCAGUGGGCCAAAAUAAAGUCUGGGGCACUGCAAGUCCUCUCUGCUUUCCCAAGAGAAGUAAGGAUGUUGGCUGAGCCCGUCAAAUCAGCACGCAAGAGGAGGAUGGAGGCUAAAAGAGCCCAUGCUGAGAAACUUAGCGGCCUGGACAGUAAGCGGGGCACUCCUGUGAAAGUGAAGAACGAGCAUCUUAAAGGUUUCAAACAAACCUCUGUUGAACAUUCACCAUGUUUGGAAAAGGAUACUCGUAAUUUAAGUUCCAGCAUGCGAUUAUCUGGUGUUCCAGGCAUUGGAGACCAAUUCUCAGACUUCCGCUCUACUGUCCCGUACAACCAGAGUAACAUAUGCCGCACUCCUCCUGUGGCCUCCAGCUUUGGCAUGUCCACACACCCAGAGUUCCCUCGACCGCAUGAUCCCUCAAGAGGAACGGGCCACAGCAAUGGUUCUCCUUCUCUUAGACACGGACUCGAGACCAUCAGGCAGACGUCUGAACCGUUAAGAAACUCGUAUCCGAACGAUCCUCUGAGAACGAAUUCAAAAUACUCUCCCUCGUUCAAAUCCGAGCCUGAGGAGAUGCGGUGCUUCCAGGGCGGCGCAGCUCCCACCCCGCUCUCCCCGCCCACAGCCGAGGGUCUCCACAGUCGCUUGAACCUGGAGGACCACCGCAACCCUCCAGAUACGGCGCGACCCCUGACCCCAGAGGUGGGUAAAGUGGAGGAAGUGUGGUCGGAAAGCGAGCACAAUUUCCUCGACAGGGACAUCGGCGGGGUCGCGGUGGCUCCUUCCCACGGCUCUAUCUUGAUCGAAUGCGCUCGGCGGGAACUGCACGCCACCACUCCCAUCCUGCAGCCCAACCGCACGCAUCCCACCCGCAUCUCGCUGGUCUUCUACCAGCACAAGAGCCUUAACACUCCGGGCCACGGCCUGCAACAGUGGGAGGCUAAAAUGGCCGAGAAGGCCAGGGAGAAAGAGGAAGCCGAGCGUCAGGGACUCAACAACAGGUCAAAGGAGAUGGAUUCGGAUACGGAGAGUGAAAACGAGACUUAUCCGGAAGAGAGACACAAGCUUCAGGUUCCUACCCGUCAAUCGCUAACAGUUCCGCGUGACAGCGUCGUCAUGUCAGCGCCCUACUCCCUCACGCACGUCACUGGGCCUUACAACCGCUGGACGUGAAAUUCUCCGUGCUUGUCUAGCUAAUGCCUUACCUCAGCUAGUUCUCAUCCUUUCAUGCCCGUUUUUACGUGUGCUCUUCUUCAGUUGUCCUCUUCAUCUCAGCUUUUACGAAGAAAUAGACUACCAUUUGUGGGUUUUUAACUGUGAGUUUUGGUGUGUAUGUCUGUGUUUUUUUUAUUGUAAAGAGAUGGUGCUCAGAACAGAUGUUAUAAAACUGGUUUUAUACAUAUAGAUGAAAUUAGUGCAUAGAAGAUGUGAUUAUUUAUUCUGAUCAUUUUCAAGACUAUUUUGUAAUUUAAUUUCUGGUCCAAGCCUGUUUACUGCAAUAGGAGUAUGUCAUCCUUGAAAUGACGUGUGUAGUAAACACUCCGAAUUGACAUUGUCAAAUGUGAAUUCUAUAUUCUCGUCUCAGCCUUGGGUGCUGUCUUGUCCGACACUCGGUAGUUGCUAUUUUAUGCUGCCAUUGUAGCAGUAAGGUUAAAUGACCAAUAUGAACCACACAUGGGUCAUUACAGGUCAUUGGUAAAAAGGUACAUUGUUCCGGCAUUGUAAUCAGAUU